UUCACCUGAUCGGCGGUCCUUCACUGUUUGAAUCCAUUCUGAUCUGCCCUCCCACCCUUCUGCUCCUCAUUUUUUCCCCCUGAAUAUUGUGAGAUUAGUCACUCUAGCGACUGGGCAGUGAUUUCUAACGGAGGCACGGUGUGUGAGGCUGGAUUUGGAGGAGGUGGCUCAUACAGACUGAUCCUUCUCGCGCUCUUCUGGGUCCUCAAACAUUACAUCCCUCGGAGUUAUUUAGACUAUCUUCUAUUGGGACGGACAGCCAAAAGCCAGGAUGCAGGUGUCAUUGGUGUGCACGGGCCACCAUGGGGGGGUGAGCCGCACCACGGAAGACCGGCUAAACCGACAGAAUGCCAACAGCCCCAACACAGGCACCCGCAGCAAGUUCAGAGCAGUGGCAAUGGUGGCUCGCAGUCUUGGACAGCUCUCUGUUCAGAGUGUGCCUACCUCCAGCGAGCAAAGCAUGAUGACUGGCAUGAAGUAUAGAAACCUUGGGAAGUCAGGUCUGCGGGUGUCCUGCCUCGGAUUAGGAACAUGGGUGACGUUCGGUGGACAGAUAACGGAUGAGACGGCUGAGCAGCUGAUGACUCUGGCCUAUGACAAUGGCAUCAAUCUGUUUGACACAGCGGAAGUCUACGCUGCUGGGAAGGCAGAGGUGGUGCUCGGAAACAUCAUAAAGAAGAAAGGAUGGAGACGUUCAACUCUGGUGAUAACAACAAAGAUCUUCUGGGGUGGAAAAGCGGAGACCGAAAGAGGUUUAUCCCGAAAACACAUUAUAGAAGGUUUAAAAGCUUCUCUAGAAAGAAUGCAGCUAGAAUACGUGGAUGUGGUUUUUGCGAACAGACCGGACCCUAAUACACCUAUGGAAGAAACGGUUCGAGCAAUGACCUAUGUGAUAAACCAAGGCAUGGCCAUGUACUGGGGAACAUCUCGCUGGAGCCCAAUGGAGAUAAUGGAAGCGUACUCUGUGGCGCGACAGUUCAACCAGAUCCCUCCCAUCUGCGAGCAGGCCGAGUACCACAUGUUCCAGCGGGAGAAGGUGGAGGUGCAGCUACCGGAGCUCUUCAAUAAGAUAGGUGUGGGGGCCAUGACGUGGUCACCGCUGGCCUGUGGGAUCAUCUCAGGGAAAUACGACGGCCGGGUGCCGCCCUAUUCUCGGGCCUCCCUGAAGGGUUACCAGUGGUUGAAGGACAAGAUCUUGAGUGAGGAGGGCCGGCGUCAGCAGGCGAAGUUGAAAGAGCUGCAGGCAAUCGCGGAGCGGCUGGGCUGCACUCUGCCCCAACUCGCCAUCGCGUGGUGCCUACGGAACGAGGGGGUGAGCUCCGUCCUCUUAGGGGCGUCCAGCACCGAGCAGCUGAUGGAGAACAUUGGAGCGAUUCAGGUUCUUCCAAAGUUGUCAACGUCCAUCACACACGAGGUGGACAGCAUCCUGGGAAACAAGCCGUACAGUAAAAAGGACUACCGCUCCUAACGCGCAGCGCGGCCCCGCCCCCCGGGCUGCAGCCGCAGCGCCCCACCUUUGCCUGAUCCUCUGUUUGCUUGAGCUUUUACUGAUGAGACCCUGGCGCAUGAGUCUGGCCACACCCAGGGCACCCAAGGCGCCUCAUUUAGAGUUACAGGGGUACGAUAAGGUAAAGGGGGAACGAUACAUCUCCACAGGAAAGGAAGGAGAGACAUAAGUGGAAGAGAGGUUAGGAUAUGCGCUCAUACUUAAAUCAGUUAUACAUUCAAUUCAGCUGAACGUAUUUUAAAACUUGAGAAAAAAACCUUUAAAAAAAAAAAAAGCACAUGCUUGCUUGGCAGCCAGAAUUCUUCUUUUACUUUUUUGCUUUUCUUUUUUCUAAAACUGAAUGCAACCAAAAGGAAGAUUAAGUUCAUACUGUAUGAAUAUAUGAUAAUUACUCCGUUGCACAUGUACCAUAGCCAUGCGUUUGUUCCUUGGAUGUUCUGUUUACAAAACACCUGUGGACUGUAAAGAGUCUGUCGGGGUUUCUUUGUAAAACCUUUCUGUUUAUGUUGUGGACAUGUCGGUGUCAGAGCGUCGUCGUGGGCUUCAACAAUCAGCACUUUAGGAUUGUCAGCAUGGUGAUGGGCCGUAGUUCUAAAGACGGGAGAGGAUGGAUAUUACAAUAGUCCAAUCGCAUAGCCAUUGCACUAUAGUAUCAUAUCUCCUGGGAUUCCCUCUCCUCCUCUUCCUCGCUUCGUGUCUUCACGGCCGUGUGUUUCUUCAGCCUGAUGCGCCAACACUCCAGCUGUCUAAGCGUGGAGGAGGAGGAGGAGGAGGAGGAGGAGGUCACUUCAGCGCUGGCUCCACAUCUCAUGGACACUUCUCCUUGAUUAAAUUCUGCUCAAGUCCUUUUGCCUUAUUUACAGUUGUAUCAGACGGCGCUGCAGACGCGCCGCUCGCUCGCCGCCCCGUUGGCCCACUGGUUUCAUGUCCCCUGUAGAUACUGGAACGCUGACUGGUGGAAGUGGCAUCGGUUGCGAGGAGGCGGCGGUGUGUCCAGUUCACCGUGUUGGCGCGCACGUGGUCAGGAGGCUGUCUUUACUCGUCUUUCUCUGGUGUGUGGGCACUGGGCAGGACCAGUGGCGUUUUAGCGUGGCUUCAGCCAAAGAUCUUCUUCAGCUCUCUUUGAAGAGACACCCGAGUGUUUCACUCUCACUUCCUGCAAGAUUAUAGAAAUCAUCUUGGCGCACGUGCUGUCCAGCUUGUUAUCUAUCUACGAUAUGGACUUUAUACUCCAUAUAUAUAUAUCUUUACUUGACCACACUGUUAUUCUAGUUAACUAAUAUGCCCUUCAUAUACAGAAUGCAUACGUACAUCUACUUGCUUUAGGAUCGGUAAGGUUUAUUUCAGGCAGCAUACAACCUGACGUCAGAAAUAUUACUGCAGAAUUUGACGCAGCCCUCCAUCCUUCGUUCUCCGCCUGUGACUAAAGCACAAGAGCAUGUGACCCGUCCUCAAAGCAUGGGCCCCUUUCAUGACCAGUGAGGUGACGCUACCCUGCUUACCAACACGUGUCGGUAACUCAAACCUUUACAGCUGAUCACAUAUUGAUUCUCAGCCGAACAUAAACAAGUAUACAUUAAGGCACAUUGUCAUAUUAGUGCACAUGACAUGAGACGUUAAAGUGGACGCUGCAGGGCGGAUGAGGUCUGCUUCGUUUCUCUUCUUCGGUGAUCUUUAACAGCAGAAAAGUGAUUUCACGUCUGCUAUUGAUCGUGUUUGUAUGUGAGUUUUCUUUUGUGGGUGGGGGGUGGGGAGGAGCAACUAAACUUAUCCCUUGCUUUUAGCCGGUUGUAUUUGUUGAUCCCUGUAUACGUAUGAUUUGCUGUCUGAUUGCUUUUCUUUUUUUUUCAUCUUCUGAGAAAACAAACAUUUAGUUCAUUUACUCGUCUUAAUAUUUUCAUCUGCAGGUAGCGGGGAGGACGUUUAGACUUUGUUUGACAUUUUAGGAAAUGCACCUUUUCUACUUUCUCACUGAAAGUUAUAUUUAUUAAAAGUUGAUGCCACACUCAUGUCUGCAAAAUAUAAUAUGUGUUACCGCCACCCGUUAGCUUGGCAUGAAGAUGACAGGGAACCUCCUGCUCCUCUGAAGCUCACAAACGACCAUGUUUCAUCUCGCUUGUUCGUAUAGUGGGAACAUUGAUUUGACAGCUGCUCAUUUACCCCAUAAAACAGCACAUUUAGGUUUUUGGUGCAGAAUCAAACUAGAUUAGUGGAUCCUUUGAACUGUUUUCCCGUUCAGUCUUCAUGCUGAGCAAAGUUAGGCGGCGGCUUCAUUCUUAGCAUACAGACGUGUGUUAUCAAUCUUUUCAUCUUUCAGUUCGAAAGCAAAAAUGUUCCCGGCCCAAAAUGUCAACUUUCCCUUUAAAACGGUAUCGCUGUGCAUUUUGUUUGACCAUCAGUGUUUCACACCUUGCUGACCUGCCCAACAAAGAUCUUAUGGCGUUAGAAGGUUUCUGCACAUUGUAGAAAUAACUCGAUGUUUUGUGGCUGAAGUAAGUCGAGCUUUAAGGUCAUACUUUUGUUAUAUUUUCUGUUCCAACAUUGUAAUGACUAGUUCAGAAAUGACAACAGACCCACAGGUGGAUAGAGCUUAUUUUACAGAAGGUUCUAGGAUAUACAGAGAAUAUAUUUUUACGUUUUAUCCUUUAAUGCAAUCUAGAGAAUCAAAAGAAAAUGUUUGUUUUUGUUUUCAUACUGCUGCGAGUUUCCUAUCAGUGUUGCAUUGAUUUUAAGAAGCAUUGAGAGGCAAUGUGUUGUGUUGUGUGCAUUAGGAGGAAUGCUCUGAAGGGAAUGCAAUAGUCAAUUAAUUCUGAAGAUGACGAAGAUGAAGUCUGGUGUCUCCUGUACAUAGUUUGACCGUUUGUAUAUAUUUUUGGUUGUGAUCACCUCUGCCUUUUUCUUUUUUAGUUUUCUUUUGCAGGUGUUCCUAUCUGCACUGUGCUUGAAUCUGAAUUUAGACAGGAUGUACAGCUUCGAUCUCCAAUGACAACAUUAUAAAAUAAGAAUGGUAAACUAAC